AUGAUGACCGCAAUGAUCUUCCUUCUCCUUGCGCUUCCAUUUGCCCUUGCACAAUACGGCCCAGAGGACGCUAGCAUGACCAGCAGCGCAUCCUCUACCACUACAGCCGCGGCCUCGAGCAGUACCAGUAUCCAUAAAGUCGAUGUCGGCGAAGACGGUUUUUCAUUCAACCCUAAUACUCUCACUGUCUCCCCAGGAGAGAAGGUGGAAUUUCAUUUCUAUCCCCAGAAUCAUUCCGUGACCCAAGCUUCCUUCGAUCAUCCCUGUCAUCCCCUGAGUGCGUCCAGCUUCUCGAGUGGGUUCAUGCCCACGACAAAAGAAUCAGAAACCGUCUUUACUCUGACAGUCAACGAUACAACGCCACUCUGGUUUUACUGCGGACAGAUUGGGCACUGUCAGGCCGGCAUGGUUGGGGUUAUCAAUCCACCGUAA